UGCAAUUGAACGAAAAAACUAACGAACGACCGAGCCCCUUUGCCGGAGCUACCGGGAGGCAGUAGAGAGUUACAGAGCGAGUCCCCGCCGCCCGCCUCGGAGGAGCCAAACGGAGGAAGCUUUCACUGUGAGCCGCCGUGAAGAAACUCCGUGCCGGAAUCAAACGAUGCGAGCGCUGCUCACCGCCGCCGAGUAACACCCAAAACCUACUGUCGACGAGAGGAGAGGAAGAGAACCGUUACCGUGAUUUACCGACAGAAAAAAAAAAAACAGGAGAGAGACGAAGGACGGACGGACCAGCACCACCGAGGCCACGCUUUAGAAACGGAACAACUGCGGUGGCUGCAUCGAGGUGUGUUUGCGCUGUGGAUCAACCCGAGAGGAUCCUCCAUUUAAAUGCGUUAACGGUGCCGUGCCCCCGUCUUGAGUGCGCGAUAGAGGGAGCUGCCCAGAGAGCCACAGACAGAGGGAUCACACAGGGCGAGAAGAGGCACAGCACGGAGAGAGAGAGAGAGAGAGAAAGAGGAAAUUAAGCAAGACAGGAAAAAAAAGAAGAAGAUUUGCAACCAGCGUUGGUAUCACGAGUGUUCAUUGAAUCCACCUUUUUUUUUUUUCUUCCUGGAUCCCGGUACCGGUUAAGCUAUCAAGCUGUGUUCUCUAACCAUGGGAUGUACUCUGAGCGCAGAGGAGAGGGCGGCUCUGGAUCGGAGCAAAGCCAUCGAGAAAAACCUCAAGGAGGACGGGCUCACCGCGGCCAAAGAUGUGAAACUGCUGCUGCUCGGGGCCGGAGAGUCAGGGAAAAGCACCAUCGUCAAACAGAUGAAGAUCAUCCAUGAGGACGGUUUCUCUGGCGACGACGUAAAGCAGUACAAGCCUGUCGUUUACAGCAACACCAUCCAAUCUCUGGCUGCCAUCGUCCGUGCCAUGGACACACUGGGCCUGGAGUACGGAGACAAAGAACGGAAGGCCGAUGCUAAGAUGGUGUGCGAUGUGGUCAGUCGUAUGGAGGACACAGAGCCUUACUCCGCCGAGCUGCUCUCCGCCAUGAUUCGCCUGUGGUCCGACUCAGGCAUCCAGGAGUGUUUCAGCCGCGCCCGCGAGUACCAGCUCAACGAUUCAGCGCAGUACUACCUGGACAGCCUAGAUCGGAUUGGUGCCACAGACUACCAGCCCACGGAGCAGGACAUCCUGAGGACCCGAGUGAAGACCACAGGCAUCGUCGAGACACACUUUACCUUCAAAAACCUCCACUUCAGGCUGUUUGAUGUGGGAGGUCAGCGGUCGGAGAGGAAGAAGUGGAUCCACUGUUUUGAGGAUGUCACAGCUAUCAUUUUCUGUGUGGCGCUCAGCGGAUACGACCAGGUGCUGCAUGAGGACGAGACCACGAACCGUAUGCACGAGUCUUUGAAGCUGUUUGAUUCCAUCUGUAACAACAAGUGGUUUAAGGAAACCUCCAUCAUUCUCUUCCUGAACAAGAAGGACAUCUUUGAAAGGAAGAUCACCAAGUCUCCACUGUCCAUCUGCUUCCCUGAGUACACUGGUCCAGACACUUACUUGGAGGGAAUAGAUCACAUUAAGUGUCAGUACGAGAGCAAGAACAAGUCGCCCAGCAAAGAAGUCUACUCCCAUGUGACCUGUGCUACGGAUACCAACAACAUCCAGUUUGUCUUUGAUGCUGUUACUGAUGUCAUCAUAGCAAAUAACCUGCGGGGUUGUGGCCUGUACUGACGAAGACGUUCAAUGUUGGCCUGUGGAUGAAAGAUGUUUGACUUGUUUAACAGUUUGUAGCAUGUAUUAUGUGUGGCCCAUUUCAAAUUGUCAUCCCAUGAUGGCAAGUCAACUAUGGGGCACGGCCUGUGUAUGUGAUGUCAUCAUACUGCUUUACUGUAAGGCUUGACUCAAAAAUAAUGUAUCGGUUGGUUGGUUGGUUGGUUGGUUGGUUGGUUGGUUGGUUGGUUGGUUGGUUGGUUGGUUGGGACUUCUUCUAAUGUAUUGGCCUAUUUGAUGUCCUUCUAGAGAAAAAAACAACUGCAAAUUCAAGUAUCUUUUUGCAUUUGAUUUUACUGAAACACCAAAUCGGUGUGCUGCAGAAAUCCUUCACAAUACCUCCAGUUGUCUCUCCAGGGAUAUAACGUUCCUGAGACUUGUUUGUACAUGCAUUACUCAAAGAACUGGACUGAUUGCUAAUUAACAGCAGCCAUCUUGUAGGGGUUCACUAGCAGCCCACCAUAAUGGGAUUCACCCCUACCCCGAAGUAUUUCUAAUUAUUUUAAUUGAAAUAGGAGUUGCCAAUCUUCUUUGCCUUAGACUUGUGCCUUACUUACAGAAAGGGCCAAUGUGAAAGUGAAUAUAUGAGUAAGUUGUUUAACUGGUCAGGGUCAAGCUCAGUUCACUCUCAGUUUACAUCAGAAAGAUUCUCCUCAGACUUUAUUAUGAGCAUGUCAUAUUAAAGUGUUGACUAGGUUAUUUACAGCUUUCUUAGAAGAAAUUUAAAAUGAAUGCUUAGUCAUCAGAAAAAAAAAGUGUUUCCAUAUAUAUUUUGUGUGAAAUAGCUUUUGUGCGCGCCUCCUUCAUUAUGUUGUAUUUGUUGUGUAAUUCGUUUAAUUUUGCUUUCUGAUGACAGACCUGCUCUGAUGUAUGUGCUGCGCUGCUUAGUGUCUGACUGCAUUGCUGCACUAUUGAGCUCCGAUAUGAUCAGUAUUUAUUCAGUAGGACAUUAUGAACUAAAUCAUGAUAACCAUAAAUACUGUAAGAAAAGAUGAAGCAGUCAUUGUGAAAUUAUCAGACAAAAUCAAACGUAACUCAUUAUUAUUAAGUGUAUAUUAUUUUCACAAUAAAACAUGUUAUUUGUAUUUGUAAUAGCUGAGCCUGCUGAGAGUCAUCAAUGGACCAUAUAAUGUGAGAGAGGACAAGGCAAUAGUAACAUUACAGCUCUACUUGCACAGGACUACUAUUAAGCCCCCAUGCCUGUCCCGUCAAAAUGGAGAUGAUAUCAAGACUCUGCGUAACAGCAUUUUGAAUUUUGGUGGCUCUUAAAGUCCCAGUAUGUCCGAUUAUAGCCCCCCGUUGAAUUUCUUAGUUUACAGUUUAAUUUAUAGCUAAUAAAAAUCAAAAUCCUCUGUUGACGAUAGCCAAUGGGUUUCCAGAUUGCAUUUUUGCCAAUGCGUUGUUGUUGUUGCCACCUCUGGUACCGACACAAACUGUUUACCUGCAUGUAGCCAAAGCCUGCUCAAAUGUGAUUGGUCAAUUCUACCCUGACUACAAUGGAAAAUGAUAAAUCGUCUGACAUUAAAUCUUGGAUUCUCGGUGCAUAAGCAUAGUCUGUUUGAAGAGAUUAUGUUUUGAGCAAUGGUUGCUUGUCAUCUUAUCAAAAACUACCGAGCAGGAGUUUAUGCAGCUGAACUGAAUUGUGUGUUUUCAUGUUGCAAAGGAAGAGCCUCAUUAGUGUUUUGGCCUUGUAUGCAUUUUAUUUGAGAGUAAAUAUGUGUUGCUCCCUAUAGAAGGUUAUUGAAAUUGUUUCUUUGUAAUGUAAUAUAAUAUUUUGAUCAAAGUUAGUCAAGGCAAGCAGUAUCUAUAUAUAUAUAUAUAUUUUUUUUUUUUUUUUUUUUUACAUUUAAAAAUAUAGCGCAGAAGUCAUUAUUAUUUUAGGAUUUAUAUUUCAACCUCAUAUGUUUCUGCAUCCAUGCGUCACAAUAAAUCGGCUACAAAAAGUAGUGUUCUCAAACAGAUAAUUUGUCAGAGUAAGCAUUGAUUUUAAAGGGCCGAGGGACAACAUCCAUUGUGUGGGGCUGCACAGUGGAAUAUUUUUAGUGUCAACCUCUCUGCCUUAAUAAGCCAGAGGUGAGCUUUGAAAGAUUGUGUGCUCGUGGGUAGAUACAGUCCUCUGGGACUAGAAUGUCAACCUUAUUACUCUUGUUUCAGCCCCGAUGUUUUGCUUUCUGCUGAGCGAGUUGCAUUUCUGCUGGAUAGUAGUCGUCCAAGAGCUGCUGGACGAUUUAGGUUUGAUGUAUUGCACGGCAUAGCUGAAAUGAAAAGUGGUGUGUGGGAACAGUUCAAAAUUGAGCCUUGACAUUAAAGCCAGAGAGAUGUGUAUAAUGCCAGACAAAUGUCAUCAGCUCCUCCUUGCUCUUUCUAAGCGACAGUUUACAGCAGCAUAUAGAAUCUGAGUUUUCUCUGUCUGUGGGUCUUUGAUGAAUUGGCUGAACUGAGUGGGUUUGCAGCUUCACUAGUAUAAGUGCUCUCUGGCAAACAAAGGUAGCAAGUGUCUUUAUUUAUGUAUGAGCAGGGCAUUUGCUUCAUUCCACUCUUCCCUCCACACUCAAAACAGCAAGGGUCUGUCUGCUUAAAGCUGCGUUUUUUUAAACAGGUAGAUGAUGUCAUCGGCUCUUCCCACUGCAUCUGUGCCAACUCUCCCUAAUUAGAGACCCGCCUAAGGCUUAAUUACCCAGAAGGCACCUGUUUACCCUUUCCACACAUAGUCCCUCAACACACACAAACAUGCACUGAAGACAUAAAUGCACCCAUGGGUCUUCAUAAUGUCACCUUACUUGCCCGUGCCAAAUAAUAUCACCACGUCCAAUCAAAGAUCCUCAGAGGUUUUUUGAUUCGUUUGCCAUGAAGCCUGCUGCUGAAAGCUUUUAGUUUAUAGACUUCUCCUCUGACUUAUUACAUUGAUUACAUGAUGGGAUACUAAAAUGAUCCCACUUUGGAGACUGGACUUUAAGUAAGCAUAAAACAUAAACCACUGUUGUCCUGAAAUUCUGUCAAAAUAAAUCCCCAUAAAAGAUUUCUAUCUUAACUUCACUUUCCAACUUCUGUCAGUGAUAACGUGAUGCAUAGAAAACCAGUUUACCACUAUAUGCUUCAUACUAAAAUGUGAGGGUUAUUUCGAAUGCAGUAUACUUGCAUAAUUAAAUUACAGAAAUGUUCGGUCAGCCUGAAUGGCCUGCCUCUGUAAAUGUGUUGAAUCAGAAUUUUUGUAGUAACAAUUUGGUUAAGCAUCAUCCUCACUUAAUGCACAGCAGCACGCCCGCAUUUGAUUCCCCUCCCCCCGGUUAGAUUUAGCAACAAAUAUUUUAGCCUGAAAGCCUAAAGACAAGCCAGCAGUAGACAUGAGCCGUGGAACAAUAGGCUGGGUUAAACUCUCAUUUACCGUUAGUUUGCAAGCUCCAAUUCACAUGCAGUUGAAAGGACAUGCCUACAUUUGUAUUUUCCCUCGGGGAGGCAAUGGCUGCAUACUGUACUGUUCGAGAUUCUUCUUCUGACUCCUUUCAUGCCUGUGUUAACCUCAGGCUGCUCACAGAACAGCGUGUAUCCUGGUUUCUGCUGUGCAGAUUCUUCAGUGUCAAAUCCGAUGCAAGUGAAUUUAAAGGGCCAUAACUGUAUUUUGGGAUAUUUCAAUUGCUACGUACCACAUAAGGUAUUAUUUAUUAAAUACCUUUUUUUUUGUUAACCUUAGUUUUAUACAGCGCAAUUAUGCCAUUUUAAAUGCUGGUAUAGUACACGGAGAUAUGUAAUGUAUAUUCAUGUAUGUAAUCAGACCAUAGAAAUGGAGAAAUUACACCGCCGGCGAGGCUGAGAAGUUAGAGGGUAAUGAGUCCCAGCGUUAAAUAAUGUACUCCUAUGGGCUGUGAAGGAAAGAUUUGUGGGUAAUGUAGGCUGAGGUCAUGCUAGAGGGUUUAUGGGUAACAGUGUUUUUUUUCUUUUCUUUUUUUUAAGUGGAUGGGUCUGAUGUGUAUAAUACAAUCAGUGGUUCAUUCAGCUAACAAUGGUCCGAUUACAUCUGGGCAGCAGGUGGUGGCACAAAAGUUAUGUUAGCACCCUGUGCCACUCAAUGCCUUACCAGAAUAAACAAUUUCUGAAAUCCCACAAUGUCAGCCAAAAAUGAUUUGGGCUAAAAUGUGAUCUCAUGUCAGAUGUAAAUAAGCUUCUAUGGUGUCUUUUUGCUGACUUAUUGAUGCUUAAAAUGUAGAAAUAGAGUUGCUUUUGGGUCUUCUAAUAUGUUCAGUUCCCACUCAAUAACAUGAGCUCUUAAACCUCUGCAGAGCAAGGGAGAUCCUUAUCUGCUGCUAGAUUAGGAGAGGGUUCAGGAAACCACAGGGCACAUGACCAUAAUGAACUUGUGUAGAAUUAAGGAGGCAUAGUAUGAGCUGGUAAAAGUCCUUGUGCUCAUCAUGCUCUCAACUCUUACUGCUGCAGCCAUUUUACCCGUCACCCCUCCAACGUCCAUGUCAUUUAACCCCCUCUCUCAAUACCAACCAAUGUCCUGUCUAUACUGUACAGAUCACCUACAGCAAAAUCUACAGUCCUGUUUAUUGUGUUUCUGCCUGUAGGUGUGUGCGUGUGGUUUAUCUUACUGAGCGCUGUAAGUAAAACGUAUCUGCUGUAUCCUACUCACUGCUGUGAUAAUUUAUUAAAAGUUGUAUUUAUACAUAACAUAAGAAACGACAAUAAAGCACAACAUGAGUCACGUGA